UCCCUCCUUUCAGUCCCGCCUGACAGGCGAGGCGGGAGCUGCGAGGCGGAGUUUGUCGCUGCCGCGGUUUCUAUCUGAGGAGAGAUGCGGCGGUUGGCCGGAGACAUCCUCGGGCUCUGAGUCGCCGGGACCGCCGGGCAGGGCGCGGCCAAGGAAAGGCUCGGGACAGACUCAUGAGCACCGCUUUCCCCGCGGCCGGGCGUCGCCGCCCUUCUCCUUCCCAGCGCCGGUAGCCGAGCCGGCGGGCGGGCGGCAUGUCGUCGCCGACGUGGCUGAGCUGCCGGUUGGCGUUGCGUUUGGGCUCGGCCGGUUCCUCCGGGCGGGCGUCUCGCCUCGGCGGGUGCCGCUGCCUCCUGCUCCUCCGCCGGCGCCUCAGCGCCCUCCGCCGCGCCCCCCGGCCCGAAGAAGACGGACUGUGGCUGCCGGCCGCGGCCUCCUGCUUGGGUUCCCCGCGGCCGCUGGGCACGCACCCCAAGAAGGAGCCGAUGGAGGCGCUCAACACGGCGCAGGGGGCCCGCGACUUCAUCUACAGCCUGCACUCGACGGAGCGGAGCUGCCUGCUGAGGGAGUUGCACCGCUUCGAGUCCAUCGCCAUCGCACAAGCAUCCAGAUUUCCUAAACCGCUGGUACCAUUUAAGAUGUCAGUGAAACAGGUAGCAUCAGCAGAAAUACCUAGGGCUUUGGAGAAGCUGGAGGUUGCACCACCAUCCACUGGACAACUGAAACAUGUGUUCUUCCACAAUGCACUACCUUUUGUAGGCUUUGGAUUUUUUGAUAAUGCCAUUAUGAUUGCUGCGGGCACACAGAUAGAGUUAUCAAUAGGGAUUGUGCUUGGAAUUUCUACCAUGGCAGCUGCUGCUUUGGGAAAUCUUGUCUCAGACUUAGCUGGAUUGGGUCUUGCAGGCUAUGUUGAAGCUAUGGCCUCCAGAUUGGGCCUUUCAAUUCCCGAUCUCACCCCCAAACAGGCUGACAUGUGGCAAACACGGCUUAGUGCACACUUGGGUAAAGCUAUUGGAGUGACCAUUGGCUGCCUUUUAGGAAUGUUUCCGUUGUUCUUCCUUGGAGAUGAAGAAGACAAAAAACUGGAUGGGAAAAAAUAACCUUUUUACAAUGUUAUCUAUACAUAUAUAAACUAAUGUACCUCAGAUAUACAACUAUGCUGUCCAAGUAUAUAGGAAUUUAGAGACAAUAACAAGCAGCAUGCUAUUUUACAGAAGCACUUAACUUAUUGUGGCUGUGUCUUAGUAACAUCUUUUUUAUAAAGGGUUUUUCCUUUUUUUAAACGUAAAUUGUUGACAUGCAAUUUCACUUAACACUGAUGGUGGACCUUUACCGUAUCUCCCUCUUUGUUGGUUUCCUUCACCUGGAUUGUUACUUUGAUUACCUGUCAUCGAUGCCGUGUACACCUUUUGGGUUUGCAUUUUUCUUAGCCUUCGGAAACGCAUGGCACAAAUUGCCCCUGGAUACCCAUGAAAUCUUCCGCUCCAGAUUUAGUGUAGUUAGGUGACAGCUGCCCUAGGAAAUACCAUGCUGUAACUUCCUUGCUUUUAUUUGUCUUGUGGCCAUAUUUGUACCCAGGUGCCUGAAGCAAAGCCAGUUGGAAAAAGUGUUGACUUGUGAAAAGAGUGAUGGAGAGAUAUUUUGGCAAGGCUAAUGUACAAGACCCAUUUUAUGGUCAGAGUCCCCAUCCCCACCCCCGUGUAUUGCUAAAUUACCCAAGUGGCAGCUUAGAUCAAAGCAACCCCUACAAAUUGAUAUUGCCAAUAAUAGAUAGCAUGCAAUGCAGCAAAUUUGGAAAGUGUCUAAAGCAUCUUGCCUCUGCAAGAUGCUUUAGAAGUAUUGGCCAUCUUCAUUCUCAGAUUUCCAGUACCGAAUAUUCUCACUAAAUUAUUUGUGUGCAUGUUUGUUUUGCCAUAGUAGUAUAUUUGACUCCACUCGACCCGUGAACUUCCCACCUAGUUUGUCUUUCUAAACAAGAAACAAGCAUAAUAUUAAUUAGGCCAAACUCCGUUCCUGAUCUGAAGGCAUUCAGAAAAGGGAUAAAGAAAUUGGAUGCAGAAGAGAAUUGAGCCGGUAUGAUGCCAAACAGAAGAGCUGGGUGAAGGGGAGCAGUUGGCAAAGAUGAGAGCAAAGGAGAGUUUAGAAGGAAACUAAAGCAAAAUAUUAAGCCUUGACAUAUAUGGCUGUCUCUUUCUCUCCCCCCCCACCCCCCCAAAUGCGCUGAUUCUACUGUAAAACAAAUUUCUGCCACUGUUGCAUGUUUUUUCUGCUUCAGCAAUUCAGGAGUAAUGAUAUUUGUGUCUUUGUCUGUGAAUGUCAAUGGGGGAGAAUGGUAAUCAGGUGGUCUAAAAUUGAUCCUGUCCGGACGAGUGAUCAGUCUGUGCAGAGUUUAAUUUACAGAAAUAAACUUGUUUACUUUUCAUUUAAUAGGGUUUCUUUUCAUUUUGCCUUGUGCUUGCAGUUAAGUGUGCAGUAUUCAAACGAACUGAAACUUCCUAAAGAGCAUUAUGUUUUCUUGAUUAUGUGGUGGGUAUAUUCUAAAGCAUUUUGUUUUUAUUAAAUAAAGAGGACCAUUUGUUCA